UAUGUAUAACACCCGAGCAGCAGCUGUUUUCCUCCAUCCCGAGGACGGAGCUUCGCCCUUUAUACUCGUUACAGCGACGAUUUCUUUGUUUUAGGUGCUAUUUGUGGUAUUUAGUAUAAAUAAAUAUAUACAUAGGACGUGUGGGCGUAUACCCUCGGCUGCACAUUAAGCGCCUUCCUCUUUGGACAAUCACAAUGGAACCUGCCUGCCGGAAGGACAAACCAAAGCUCAACUCUACUCCAACUAGAGGAGACAGAACCAAACAGAAAUCUGCACAACAGGAGCUCAAACAGCGACAGAGAGCAGAGAUAUACGCUUUGAACAAGGUGAUGACUGAGCUUGAGCAACAGCAGUUUGACACCUUUUGUAAGCAGAUGCAGGCACAAGGAGAAUGAUUGACAUUUCAGUUGGAGCACCCAGCCAUACCCACUCAAAGACCUGCUAAAGGGAGAAGUUGUCUAUGAUUGGAUAAGGUUAUGUUGCCUUUUUUUGUCUUCUCUGACCCAACACUCAACCAGAUCUCAAGAUGACUGCUAGUCGUCCAAAAGGCGUUGAGGUUAGUCCAGUAUUGAACCCGAAGCUGGUGGACAGCAGUAACUGGGACGGAAGAUGCGUUCCAAUCUUCUUUUUCCUGGACGACCGGCUCUACCUAUCGAGCUACUGCCACCCAAAUCUGGUUAUGUUGCUUUGAAUGUACCAUUUGAUGUUAUCUUUUGUAAUUAUUAUGCCUGGCGGGGAGCAGUUAGCAGAGUAGCAUUUUUCUUAUAAACUGUUUUUUACUAUUGUGUGCUGUGUAUAAAGGAUGAAUUUUCUUAGCAGGGGAUCACAGGGUGAAAAGAGUGCAGCCCUAUUAAAUGUUUUUGUUUAAAAAAACAAGAAAAAAUCUGGUUUGUUAGAACUCAUGCACUUGGUACCAUACAUGUUAAUUUCUAGGCGUAUACGUACAAUAGUAGUUUGCACCGUGUUUGUGUAAAACUCUUGUGUUUUUAAUGUCUAACCUUGUAAG